AGCGCGAGACGUCAGUCUGGCCAGAUCGGCGACAAUUUCACGUGUUACGUGUACAAAAAUCGUGCGGACAACAAAUUCGUAAUACGAUGUGCAGAUAACAUUGUCGCGCUGGUGCAACAUGCGAUGGUGAAGCGGGAAGAAGAGGCUAAGAAGCGGCGAGAGUGCGGGUCUCUGCGAGGUCUCAAGGAAGGAAAGCGGGCGGAAGAUCGCCGAUAAUCAAUGCCAAUGGCCUACGAAGCAUUAUGGCACGAGUACAUGCAGAUGCCUGUGGUAACGCGGGCUUACACCACAGCCUGUGUCAUCACGACCCUUGCCGUGCAAUUGGACUUGGUGUCUCCAUUUCAACUGUAUUUCAAUCCUAUUCUAAUUGUGGAACAGUACCAGAUAUGGCGAUUAAUAACAACAUUCUUGUUUUUUGGAAAUAUUGGGUUCAAUCUACUGUUCAAUAUGAUAUUCACAUAUCGAUAUUGCCGCAUGUUGGAAGAAGGAUCCUUUCGCAGAAGAACAGCUGAUUUUGUAAUGAUGUUUAUUUUCGGCGGAAUAUGCAUGAUUACUUUUGCAUUCUUUGUCAAUUUGCUGUUUCUGGGACAUGCAUUCACAAUAAUGUUAGUGUAUGUAUGGUCGCGACGAAAUCCUUUUGUCAGGAUGAACUUCUUCGGACUUUUAAAUUUUCAAGCUCCAUAUCUACCAUGGGUAUUGUUAGGUUUUUCUGUAUUGCUUGGUAAUACAAUAUGGGUCGAUCUUGUUGGAAUGGCGGUAGGACAUACUUAUUAUUUCGCGGAGGAUGUAUUCCCGCGGUUAAGAGGCGGUUUCCGGAUUUUGAAAACUCCACAAAUACUUAAGACUUUGUUUGACGCACAUCCUGAAGAUCCGGAUUACAUGCCACCGCCAGAAGAUAGGCCAGGUGGCUUCAACUGGGGACAGGAAGCCAAUGUGCAGUGAUCAAAACAUUCAAUAGUUCUCUUUCUAAUACUGUUUCUUAUGUCGAAUUACCCAAGAAUGUUGCGGAAACGCGCGUCCCCCAUCGUUGUUCCUUCAUUUUUAGAUUUAUCAAUAACUUGGUGUUUGGAUUUGCGUAUGCAAGGACGUAUAAUGAGAUGACGCACAUAAAGGUUAAUACAUACAUGAUGUAUAUAGGAAAAAUGUGAAGAAUAAUAUACAAGAUUGACAUUUUUUGAGGAAUCGUCGAAUAAAAGUUGAUUAUUUUAUCUAUAAUCAAAUUAUCGAGGGAAAGUUGAAAACUUCUCGAGGAAUUUGUAAACGAGAAAAAACCCGCUAAUUCUUAUACAUCCUAUGUAUGUAUGAGAACUGGAGAGAUGUAUGUAAGACGUUUAUUAUCAAUGAACUGUUAUUGUUUUCGUUCAAUUUUGUGCAUGCAUAUUCGCGUGCAUGUUCUGCAUUAUUCGUUUUUGCAUACAAAAAAUCUGAUUUCUAUCGAUAUUAACUCUUUGGAAGCCAAGCGUUGCGCUUCUAGCAUUAUUACACACAAAAAAUAUAAUGGAUUAAAUUGAUUUAAAGUGUA